UUUUGAAAUAAAAUCGAAACUAGAAUGUUUUUAUUAUUUUUUUGUUGAUAGGAAAUUGGACAAUAUUCCAGGAGACUUCUAUAACGAAAAUGAAUAGUUGAAAAGAUUACUAGAUGAAAGCUGAAAUGGAACAAGCAGUGGAAGAUCUUGAAAGCAAGAUGAAGCAGACUGAUGAAAGAAUGGAUACCCUUGCUUUACAAGUCAGUAAUAUUGAAGAUGAUUUAUUCUCAGAAAGUGGUGAACAAGUAGAGGUAAAUGUUCUACUCAAAUCUGUUGGUGAAGUGAGAGAUAACUACCAAAACUUACGUAAAGAAUUAAUGGAAGUUCAGGAUUUACAAAAACAACUGAGCACCUCACUACAUACCCAGUUGACACUAAUGCAGACACAAUUCAAGAUGUUGAAAGAAAAACUCCCACAGCCACCUAAAAAGCAGGAUGGUCAGGCAUCUGGAAAUUGCAGGAAUGGAUCUGCUACUAGUGAUAAAUGAAGAAGGUAUUGCUUAGGCCAUUGCUACAGAACCAAUUCGGCACAACACUGUCUAGGACCAGUUCAGUUUGCCUUUUAGUUCAGGCUUUGUGUAUACUUUUCAGAGCAUCCCCAAGGAAAUCAUUUUAGCCAUUUCGGUGUGAACUGAUUAGAGAUUUUUGAGAUUAGUUGCAUCAAACUUCAACAAAUGGAAGGACUUGAAAUUUGUUCAUAUAUACUUAACUUUUAACCCACCUGUUAGAGUUGUCAGUUCAACCUUUAAGAUCCACCUUGACUACUAAAGGAAAAGUUGCCUCAUGAUCUCCAGAAGUCACAGCAAAAUUCAUAGUUUAUACACAAAAUGUUAUCUUAUCUCAUUCAUAGAUGUAUUGGGUUACAAGAAAUGUUUUUGUAACUUUGUGUUUUCCAUGAUCUGGUGGCUCAUCUU